GGGCAAGCGGGAAAGCAUAGAGGAGGUGAGGGGUGGAGGUGGUGGAGGCGUGAAGUUUGCAACGAAGCUUUCGUGGAGGCGUGGACUGGCGUGCGUGCGCUUCCGAAACCGUCGGCAACUUAUCCUCUCUUGUGCACCGUCGGUCGGUGACGUCGUAUCACUAGUUGUCGUAUUCCUGCAAAUCGGCUCACCGAUCAGCGCACCGAUCGCGUCGGGCUGCUCCUACCGCAGUUGUCUGUCAGAGUGUCUUAACGCAAGAGGGAUGAACUGUGUUAAGGCUACAGUAAAUUAUUUCUUCGAAUAUGACACUCUGAAAGUCGUCCACAUCGGAAACAAAAAGAUCGGCGCACUCAACAGGCUCAUUCAGCUCUUCAUCUUGGGCUACAUAAUUGGGUACGUCAUCGUCUAUCAAAAAGGAUACCAGCAGUUCAGCACUUUCACAUCAGCUACGACAACAAAAGUCAAGGGUGUUCUGUCCACAGAAAACAUCUCUGAUGAUUCCUUUUACCCAUUCCUUGAGAACAAGUCUGUCUACAAACGUGUCUGGGAUAUAGCAGACGUUGUUGUCCCACCAGAGGAAAGCAACCAGUUUUUUGUGACUACGAACUUGAUUAUAACACCUAGCCAAGAAAUAAAGACGUGUCCGGAGGACCCAGAAGUUAAAGACGCCCACUGCAAGUCUGAGAAUGAUACCACAUCCUGUACACCAGGAAAGCCGCUCUUAAUUGGAAAUGGUGUCAUGACAGGACGUUGUGUAAGGGCAGCCAAGCCAAAUGAUACACUGCAUGUGUGUGAAAUUUCGGGCUGGUGUCCUGUAGAGCAAGACUUCGGACCCUUGAGGGAUGGCACAGCACUGCUGUCUGGUGUUCGAAACUUUACGGUGCUCAUCAAGAACUACAUCGAAUUUUCUCUUUUCCAUGUUAGAAGGAGCAAUGUCCGCGAUGUUGAAAAUUCAACAUAUCUCAAAUACUGCCGGUAUCAUCCUGAAAAGGAUGCCCACUGCCCGGUGUUUCGCAUUGAUGACAUGUUAGAUGCUGCAGGUGAAGAUUUUGAUGAUAUUGGUACUAAGGGUGGUGUAAUACAGGUGCUUAUAUCGUGGGAUUGCGACCUGGACUUCGAUGUCAAGUACUGUGUGCCCAGCUAUUCUUUUCUUCGUCUUGAUGACCCCAAGGCAGCCCUAGCCAAGGGUUGGAAUUUUAGGUACCCCAAGUACUACAACGAGAAGGAACGCAGCCUUGUGAAGGCAUAUGGCAUCACCUUUGUAAUCCUAGUUCAAGGCAGGGCUGGCAAAACCAGCCCCAUUCCUAUUGCCAUCAACAUAGGAUCUGGCCUUGGAUUAAUGGUUGUGGCCACUGUGUUGUGUGAUCUUGUUGUACUUAACUGCCUAAAGCGUCGGGAUUUGUACAAGUCAAAGAAGUACAAGUUUGUUACAAGUGAGGAGAACUAUAACGGAUUCACAAACCAGUCAUUCUCUUAGCUCAUUCAAACACACGUCCAAAGAAUGCAUAGGCAGUUAGAAGAAAUAUUUGUGUUUGUGUAAUAUUGAAAUCAAGUGCCUCUGCUAUGUCACUUUUUUGCAGUGGGAACAUUGUUAAUCUGCUGUGGCUUGUUUGUGCAUCAUUUUAAACAGGCAUUACAUUAUUUUCUGGAAUUUUUACUAUAUAUAUAUUUUCAUUAUACUUCAAUAGUGCUCUCUAAGCAUAGUAUUUUCAUAUGACAAAUAUGAUGAUGAAUUUUAUUUACUAGAUUUCUUUAAAAUUAAGUUACGUAUAAUUCUGUAUCCAACUUCAUCAACAGUAUCAACUUCCGUGCAGUAAUAAGAAAAAUAACCAGCUAAACAACUCUUGGGUUUGCGCUUAUUAUGGCCUGUGUAUUUUAUUAAAGGGACACUAGUGAGGAAUAUUAAAUAUUCAUAAAAUGAGCUUCUGCAAUAGCAAAUUGGUGACUCCUGCCAUGGAAGGAGGCAUGAAAAGCCAGAAAAAACACAAAUGUGAAAGACUACUAAUGAUGCCACACUGAAGUUCUCACACCAACUUGCCAUGAUGUCAUGGAUUUUGUUGGUUUCAACCUUGGUUUUAUUAAUUGUUUAUUGUUAAAGAAGGACUACAUUGCGUUCUAAAGGAAACCAGAAGAUUCAACCUAGCAAGAUUCGUAAACUUUUCCUACAUGACAGUGCUACACAAUACGAGAACAUACAUUGAAUAUUCUACUGUCACACUGACAUAUUGGCACUGACGUUACAGCACAAAAUUAAAAAGGGCAAAGUAUAGCCUUAAUUUUCUUCAGUACCGACUGUCUUAUGUGAAAUAAAUGAAUGUAUGGGUUUGAAAGACUAGUUCAGGCUGUUUUGCUGUUGCUUUUUAGUUUGCCUUGAAAGAGUGCCAAGAUAACAGAGACAUUUAAAAACUAGCUGGAACAUUGGAGCUGGACUGCUAUGGCUCAGCACUGUCAUUCAAAUUGAUCUGUCUUUAAAACUUAUCAUGCAGUGAAAAAUCAUGGCAGGUGUGAGGGCAUGCCUGUGCGAGUCUGUACUGCAUCAUAAUAGGCAUUGCCAUUGCUAAACCUGCAUUGGUUUCUUUAGCUUGGCAGCUGCUUUGUUACAUAUGUAAAAACAAGAUUGAAGCCAAUAUGGCUGAAGGAAUUAUGUACUGCAGUUAAUAUCCAAGGAAUGUGGGCAUUCAAAUAUUUUAGUGCUAGCUGAAUUUAGGCAGAUUUGCUAGUAAAACACCUGCCUUCUCUUUCUUAUUCCUUCAAGAACGUUCAUUGAUAGUAUAAAUAUUUUUUUCAUGCAUCAAUACCAAACAAAGUUUUGAAUGGUUGUGCCAGAUAUCUUUUUUUAACUGUUUGUCAUUUGUGUCAGCGUCCCUACUGUGGCACACCUUAAAAUGAUAAAAGCAUAAGACAGUGAGUGAUUGAAUGUGUAGUGUGAUAAGGAGUGGAAGCAAAGCUUAAUAUUGAGAUCCAUUAGACGGUUUACAGUUUACAUUUUUCAGCUGUAGUUACUUGUAGCUGUGUCUUAAUGUCCAUAUGUAGAGAAAAGUAUUACAUUACCUGCCUCUUUUUAGUACACUUACACAUAUCUCAAAUUAAUUGACAUGCCUGUGAUUGUUAUAACUUCUGCUGACGCUUUUCGCUAGCUUUUUAAUUUUAUGCAUAAGGCUUAGCAACCCAAGUUUACUUGCCACUUAGUUCUGAGCAUUUGUUUAAUGAGCUUCCCCUUUUCCUUCUUUUUUUUUCUGUGGUUGUGUUCUUGUCUUUACGUCCCAAUGUUGUUAGCAAAAGACAGUGGCAUGCUUGGGAACCGAAAGCUUUUAUCUGAGGUCAUGACGCAACUCCAUGGAGCGUGCUAAUGAGCACUCAACUGCAUGCAGCAGCUACACGGAUGACAGACCAAUGACAAGAGCUGAGAGAUUUACCAGUUGUAAAAGUGCAGACUAGAUUUUGUUCUUUUUCUACCAAACUCAUUAGUUUUAUAUGUGUGUCCAGCAUCAGCUGUUGUUGCACUUUUAUAUGGUGACUUUUACCAUGUCUAUGUCAUUUUGCCUUCUAGUUGAAAUGCACUGUCAUGCAUGAAAGCUUCUGAUUAUUUUUAUAUGUCCUGCUCCAACUCACUUCUUGUAAUAAAUUUUAUGUUGUUUGUA